AUGGUAGUAUCCAACGAAACCGACUCCAAGAUCAAAGCUGGCUUCAACGACACCGACCUCAGCAAGCUCAAAGACCCCAACGUGGUUGAUUGGGAUGGCCCCGAUGACCCUGCUAACCCGCUCAACUGGCCCGCGUCUCGCAAGAACAUUCAUGUGGCUAUUAUCAGUAUUUCCACCUUGACAGCAAACCUCGCCGCGGCAAUGUUUGCGGCGGGGGCAAAGGAACUGGCAGACGAAUUUAGCAUCACCGACAACACCCUCGAAACCAUGACCGUUAGUCUCUACGUGCUUGGCUUUGCUAUUGGCCCUCUCAUCCUCGCCCCUCUGUCUGAACUCUACGGCCGCCUGGUUGUCUAA